CUCUCCUACUUGCCGCCCUACUCACCUGACAUGAAUCCCAUUGAGAAGACCUUUUCCGUGCUCAAGAGCUGGAUUAAAAGGAACUAUCUACUGGUGUACAACUUCAACGACUUUGGGGCCUUUAUGCAGUACGCCCUGCAGCAACUACAGGUUGGUGAGGUUGCUGAAGGCUUUAUUCGAUCGUCUGGAUAC